AUGAACGGAGACACAGAGAGUGAUACAUUCAAUAGUUCAUCAGACAUUGACAGGAUAGAAUUAGAAGACUCAGGGGUAGAUCCGAAUGAGGACGACUUAUUCGGGAAUGAUUAUAGCAGGGACUAUGUGGACAAUCCAUUACUGGACAGGUAUGAGACUGAGGAUGAGGAGUAUGCCCCACCACUGACUAAGAAGGAAUUUGAGUCAGCUGAGAGGGAGAUAUCCCAGGCACUAGGGAUAGAAGAUGAGUCUGAGGAUGAGUACUUAGCAGCUGAGGAGGAGAGUGACUUAAGCCGGGUUGAGGAACCUUUGAAUAAUUUCAGUCUUCUACAGAAGCAUAUUCAUACGGUGGAUGUACAGGAGAGGGUUAAAAAAGAGGUUGUCCAAUUUUUGAAGGGGAGUAAGAAGAAGUAUUUGGAGAGUAUUAACCAAAUGGCAUCCCUUAACAGACAGUCGAUAUACGUGGACUAUUUUGAGCUGGAGGGGUACUCAUCUGCGAUAGCACUGGCUGCGGUUACAUUCCCAGCACGGGUACUGCCGCUUUUUAAUGAGGCAUUGCAGAGUGUGGUUAGGGGGAUAUUCCCGAAGUAUUCAUUUAUUAAGCCGGUGGUUAUAUUCCGGCUGGUUAACAUCCCCACGCAUGAUCAUAUACGGACACUUCGAAACUCGCAUUUGAACACGCUCGUGCAGGUGAGCGGGAUUAUCACGAAGAGGAGUCGGGUGUAUCCGAUUGUAUCGCUGGUGAAGUAUACGUGCCAGAAGUGCAGGGCUAUUAUUGGACCAUUCCUUGUGGAGUCAGAUGCACAGAAGCCUAAGCGGUGCACAGAGUGCCAGGGUGCAGGGUCACUCCAAGUGAACCAGUCAGAGACCGUAUACAGAGACUACCAGAAACUGACGAUGCAGGAGGUGCCUGGGUCGAUUCCACCGGGUCGACUGCCUCGGUCAAAGGAGGUCAUCCUGCAGUAUGAUUUAAUAGACUGCGUGCGCCCAGGGGAUGAAAUUGAAAUAAUAGGGACGUAUAAGAACACAUUCAGUAGUGCUGUUAAUAAGUCAGGUAUGCCCACAUUCUAUACGUGCAUUGAAGCACUGAGCAUAGUAAAGAAAGAAGACGAGUCUUCUAUUAUAAACAUAACCCCAGAGGACGAGAAGGAGAUUCAGCGACUUUCACGGCUCCCGGGCAUACACGAAGUAAUAAUCAGAAGUAUCGCACCGAGCAUACACGGCCACUACCAGGCGAAACGCGCAAUUGCUGCGGCCGUGUUUGGGGGAGUUCCAAAACACUCGGAGAAUAACCACAAGGUACGGGGAGACAUUAACGUGCUUCUUCUUGGAGAUCCGGGCAUGGCCAAGUCACAGCUUCUGAAGUACGUCCAGAGCAUAGCACAUCGAGCAGUGUUUUCAACAGGGCAGGGUGCAUCCGCAGUGGGUCUGACUGCCAUGGUGAAAAAGGACUCAGUCACAAAGGAGUGGACACUCGAAGGCGGUGCACUGGUCCUGGCAGAUAAAGGUAUCUGCCUGAUUGAUGAGUUUGACAAGAUGAAGGACACCGACAGAGUAAGUAUACACGAGGCCAUGGAGCAGCAGAGUAUAAGUAUCUCUAAGGCAGGAAUUGUAACAAGUCUCCAGGCAAGGUGUGCAAUUAUUGCAGCUGCCAAUCCGAUCAGGGGGAAGUAUAACCCGUCGUACACCUUCCAGCAGAAUGUAAACCUGAGUGACCCAAUUAUCUCACGGUUUGAUGUUAUUUGUGUAAUACAGGACGAGGGUAACCCAGAGAAGGAUAAAAUGCUUGCACAGUUCAUAGUAAACAGUCACCGUGCAUCAGCAAGUGCACCCACAGCACCAGAACCAGGCAUGCAGGGAGGGAGUGAAAUAAUCCCACAGGAUAUACUGAGGAAGUACAUAGCAUACGCAAGAGAAAGAAUAACCCCAAGAAUAGAGAAAUUUGACACAGAGCGAAUAUCUUCACUCUACGCAACUCUCAGAAAAGAAAGUUCCAUCGCCAGAGGUAUCCCCAUAACAGUAAGACACGUUGAGUCAAUGGUGCGUAUAGCAGAGGCAUCAGCAAGGAUGCACUUAAGAGAAGUUGUCAUGCAGGGUGAUAUAGACAUGGCAGUUGAGGUGGUUUUAGACAGUUUCUGCAGGACACAGAAGGCAGCCGUAAGGAGGCAGUUACAGAUGAAGUUUAAGAAGUACCUCCCAAAGAAAGAAGAUUCUCUUAUUUCAAGUAUUUCCCUGAUCAAGUCGUUAUUCGCACGAGAGGAGAACAAGCCAAGCAGUGACGGAAGAGUGAAAGUGAAGGAAUUUAAGAGUAAAACCUCUUCACUUGGACUUUCUCAUAAAAAUAUAUUUAAUACCAGUUUAUUCCAAAAUGAAUUUGCACUUUCUGAGUGCGGUGAGUACAUCACCCGAAAAUAAAUCGCA